GCAAACCUUCGGAAAACUAUGUUGACCAAGCAUUUCAUAUCGCCUAUUACAUAUGACUAGAUGUUUGUUUGAACGGGAGACGUUCUACAAUAUCAUCAGGCAACAUAUCGUAUAGAGGUUUUUAAAAGGUCAAUGCUACAAAAUGGCGACCAAUGAUCAGUUUAGCAUUCGCGUAAAGAAAUUCCUCACCAACCCAUUGCUUUCCCGCAAGCAAUUUGGUGUGGAAGUUCUACAUCCAGGUCGCGCUAAUGUUUCUAAAAAUGAUUUGCGCGAACGUAUCGCCAAACAGUUCAAGGUCAAGGACCCUAAGACUAUUGUGCUUUUCGGUUUCAAAACAUACUUCGGUGGUGGCAUGAGUUCAGGUUACUGCCUUAUCUAUGAUACUCUUGCUAAUCUUAAGAAGUACGAGCUCCACUACCGCCAGGUUCGCCUUGGAUUGGAAGAACCAAGCAAGGGCAUGGGUCGCCGUGCUAAGAAGGAACUCAAGAACAGGAGGAAGAAGGUCCGUGGUAAGGACAAGGCCAAGUGCUCUGCCGGAAAGAAGAAGUAAGCUGUUACUCUUCUGCUCCACUUAACAGUGUUUUUAACACGCCAACCACUCAAUUUUUGGGUACACUAU